AUGAUUGAUCCGCGCUUUGCCAAUGCUGGCGCCGUUCCUCUUAACUCCGGAUAUGGAGUACCGUCAGGUUCUGUUCAUCAUCAUCAUCGUCAUCGUCAUCAUCGACAACGUAAACCUAGACAAGGCGGUAUUGGUGAAUCACCGUUAAGCCGUGAUGAAUCAAUACAUAAAGUAGAUCACGGUCAUCCUUUUCAACCACAGGAAAGUGCACAACAUGGUAAUGGAUUCGGUGUACCAUAUGGUGCGAGUGGUAUUGGAGUAGGUGGAGGAAGCUAUUAUCAACAACAACCACAACAACAACAACAACAACAGCAAUAUGGUGGUAGUAGUGGUGGUGGUGGUUAUGGUUUUGGACAUCAGCAUCAAAGUAAUGGCUAUGGACAACAGGGUCAAUAUGGUGGUAAUUCUGGAGCAUCUAUGAUGAGACAUCAUCGACGACGACAUCGUUAUCAUGGUGAAACAAUGCAUUCUAAUGCCGAUCAAAGUCAAGGGAUACCAGAGCAAUUAAUUGGUCAACGUUCAUCAAGUGUAUUAGGAAACGAAGCACCACAAGUACGCUCACCAAUUCCAUCAGGUGGUGAUAGUGAUGCAAGAGUUGAACAAGUGACUCAUUCACGACGUCGUCAUCAUCGUAAUCAUAGUACAGAACAUGCGGGUUAUGCACAAGCACAUCAAUCACGUUCUUCUCAAGGUCGUACAACAGCUGGUCCGGAUGGUUACGGACAUAUUAAUGAUGAUCUAAUUUUUAUUGAACGUGGUGAUCAUAGUCCACAUCGACAAGAACCACCACCUGGUUAUGAAUAUAAAGGAAAAAUCGAAGUCCAAGGUCUUGACAAAGAAACUCGUUCACGAUCUCAAGGCCAUAGUUCAGGUCUUUCACCACAACCAGCAUCUGCACCAUUACCAUUAACAAUGACAAAUCCUUGUGCAGGACUAUCAACUAUGGGAACUAUGGGUGGUUGUCCACCUGGUUGGCAACAAAUGAUUUUGACAGCUGCUCCUGGUGGUCCAUGUCCACCUGGUGCUACUAUGUAUACAGGACAAAUUAUUUCAAGUGGUGGUAUGCCUCAACCUGGUCUAGGUGGUAUGGGUGGUCUUACUAAUACAUCAGGUGGUAUGGGUUAUGGCGGAGUUGGACCAAUUGGAGCAACUGGAUCAGGUGGUGGACUAGCCAAUUUAGCAGCAAGUCUUCCAAUUCCACCACAAGGUCAACUUGUAGCUGAUUAUAUUGUUGAAGCAGGUGCUAGCGAUAUAGGUGGAUCAAGUGGAGGUGGUUAUUCUUCUAGUUAUCAACAGGCUAGUGGUUGUGGUGGUGCUGCUGGUGGUGCUAGUUAUGGAGAACAAGAAAUAGAAGCAAAUACUUCGAGUCGAGCAACAAUUAUAGAAGUUUGGCAAAAACGAAGCAAAAGUGAAGGACCAGGAAAAUCACGUUCACGUUCACCAUCAGGAUCACGAAGUCCAAAAUCAGGUUCACAAUUCGAUUUCGAACGAUUCCGAAAUGAAAUUCUUGCAGCUAUCGAACGUAUGGCACAAACUGGAGGAUCAGGUGCGAAAAUACAAUGGACAGGACACGAUGGUGGUACACAAACUCAGAUUAAUCCAACUACAGGCUUUGAUGAUAAGAGAGAAACAGAAAGAAGACCGACAAGUAGUAGUGCUGGUGAAGUUAGAGUUAUUGUGCAACCUAUUCAACCUGUCUUCUAUAUGCCACGACAAGGUGAAACAGCGUCGACAACAGGAGUAUCAACGGGUCCUUCUAUACAACAAACAAACACCGGACCACCUAAUGUUGUUUAUAUUCCACGUAAUGUUUACGUACCUGUUAUUAAACCUGUCUUUGUUCCACGAGAACGUGUAAUUGUACGUCCUCAAGUCAUACAUGUAGCUCGACCUGUGCUUGUUGAUCGACCAGUACCUGUUACACAACGACCAAUUAUUAUUGAUCGUGAACGACCAGUUCCUGUUCCUUUACGUAAUGGUGGUGGUGGUGGUAAUAAUAAUGUUAAUCAAGAAGUUGAAACUAAAACUGUUAAAGAAGAAUACGUCUAUCGAGAUAAUUUACCAGUCGCUUAUGGUGGUCGUUGUGCUGACUUUACGGGUGGUACUAAUUAUGGUUAUACGCCUACUCAACAAGAACAACAACAGUAUACUACAGAUACAGCUCAUGAAAUGACAAGUAACUAUAAUACACAAGGAACAACAAUUCCAGACCAUUUUCAACAUAGUCAAUCGGCUGCUCAACUCAAUCUACAACAAGGUGGUGGUGGUGGUGGUAAUAAUUAUCAAGAAUCAUACUCUAAUUUAGCUCGAACAAGUAGUGCAUCAGCUGUCGAUGCUGGACCACUUAGUUGUACAGCCCCAAUUGAAGUACUCGAUGCAACUAUUAAUAAUUCUUGGCAAAGAACGGAUAAAUCAACGUUAGUACGUCGAUAUGGUCGUCCAGCAUACGAUAUUGUUCAAAAAACUGAUCAAGUAGAACAGCAAAUGUAUCAAGAACUUCGUCAACGAAAUGGUAGUGGCGGCGGUGGUGGUGGUGGUGGCGGUGGUGCUCAAAGACCUGACUCGUCAAAUAGUUAUGCAUCAGGUUCUGGUAUAGGUGGUAUGACGACUGGCGGUUAUACUGGUAGUACUGGUUCAUACACACAAAUUCCUGUUGCCGAGAUGAAAAAUUAUCAUGUAGAUGGUAUGCAACAUCUUCAUCAUCAUCAUCAAGGUCAAGGACAUAUGCCAGUAUCGAUUAAUUAUUAA